CGUAUAAGCGCGGGUACCGGCGCGGCGCUGUGACGCAGACCUCGCGCAGGGCGGGGCGGCGGCGGCCGGCCCCCUCAUGCUGCGGCGCCCGCUGGCCGGGCUGGCGGCGGCCGCCCUGGGCCGGGCCCCUUUGGACGGCAUGUCAGGACCCAGGCCCGUGGUGCUGAGUGGGCCGUCCGGGGCCGGGAAGAGCACCCUGUUGAAGAGGCUGCUCCAGGAGCACAGCAGCGUCUUUGGCUUCAGCGUGUCCCAUACCACGAGGGACCCACGGCCUGGUGAGGAGAAUGGCAAAGAUUACUACUUUGUGACCAGGGAGGUGAUGCAGCGCGACAUCGCCGCUGGGGACUUCAUUGAGCAUGCCGAGUUCUCGGGGAACCUGUAUGGGACAAGCAAGGCGGCGGUGCGGGCCGUGCAGGCCAUGAACCGCAUCUGCGUGCUGGACGUGGACCUGCAGGGUGUGCGCAACAUCAAGAAGACGGACCUUCGCCCCAUCUACAUCUCUGUGCAGCCUCCAUCUCUGGACGUGCUGGAGCAGCGACUGCGCCAGCGCAACACAGAGACAGAGGAGAGCCUGGCGAAGCGGCUGGCCGCCGCUCGGGCAGACAUGGACAGCAGCAAGGAGCCGGGCCUGUUCGACCUGGUGAUCGUCAACGACAACCUGGAUGAGGCCUACGCGGCUCUGAAGCAGGCACUCUCUGAGGAAAUCAAGAAAGCGCAAGGGACAAGCCAUGCCUGAGGACCAGCUGUCCAUCCCACAGGCGCCUCCUGUGCCCCACAUCUCUCUGGGCUCCAGGUGCUGCCUAGCUGGACUGCUGAGGAUCCAUGCAGGACCGGGGUGGGUUCCCCUCAUGGGGUGGGCGUAGCUGCUCCUUGCUGGCCACAUGGCAGCUCCGCACCUCAGCUGGUGUCCGGCACGUGGGUGGGAUUGCUGCCUCCCUCCCUCCCUCCCUCCCUGUGGCUGGAGGACUGAGGUGUCCCCAUCUGCGCACCCUGGCUAUCUCCGUCCCCUUCCCCUGUCCCUCCCGCUGGAGCGGGACUGACAUCCUAAUAAAGUGACUGUUGGAUUA